AUGGCGCAAAUCAACAGCGACGAGACUCACAAAUCGCCCGAAUUCCAGCUUGCAGCAGUGAUCGGAGAAUACGGUGGCGAGCCCUCCAUACACGAAACAAGCCCCGAGAAAGAUGACACUAUUGAGAGCACCCAUAUUGUCGCAAACAGCAUUAACUUCCUCACUUAUGAUCUCGCUACCAAGGCUCUUGUCCCGGUGGUAAAGCCGUCAUGGGUGCAUAACUCAUUGGCGAAACGGAAACUAGCCAAUCCACGCCAACACAGCCCUGAUCCGCGCCUUUUCCUCAGCGAUGUGGUCGUGGCCUGCGGCGAUAUUCCGGAGGGCGACAAGGACGCGAUUAUUGGUGGGGUGCUGGCCAAAGGUGGAUUGUACAGCCCUCGGCUUACUGGCAUGGUCACCCACCUGGUGGAUUUGACAGUGGAAUCGGAUAAGGCGCGACUGGUACAAACCAAGAAAUUGCGCGUGAAGAUUGUGCUGCCACAUUGGUUCGAUGACUGUCUGAAACUCGGUCAACGCAUCGAUGAACGCCCAUACACACUUCCAGACCCUGAGGUAUUGCGAGCAGGUCCCGAAGUUCCCAUCCGUUCAAAUGAGAACAAGGGGUUGGCGGGCGCAUCCACCCCUGAGCCCUCCAUAAUGCUCACACCCGCCAGUAUUUCGCAUCCCACGGACAAGUCGAGUGUUUUUGCAGGCAAAUCUGUCAUGCUCUCACCAGAUUUGGGCAUUGGUUCACAUCUCCUAGAAUCUAUUGAAGCCGUGCUCAACCGAGGUGGUGCCACAGUCACAUCCAAGGUUGAUGAUGCAGACUGGUUGGUCUGCCGAUUCCGCGAGGGUUUUGUGUAUAGGACCGCGUCGCGCUUGGACAAGGUCGUCGGAAACCUCGCCUGGCUUUACCAUCUAAUAACCUUUAACACUUGGACUCGGCCUUUGAAUAGACUACUGCACUAUCCAGUUUCGCGCACGCCGAUUCCUGGCUUUGAGGGGCUGAAAAUCAGUCUUUCCAACUAUGUCGGCGAAGCGAGAAUUUACCUUGAGAACCUGAUUACAGCAGCGGGUGCUGAAUGCACCAAAACGUUGAAGCAAGAGAAUACGCACCUGAUCACCGCCCAUGGAACCAGUGAAAAAUGCAGCGCGGCGCGAGAAUGGGGCCUCCAGGUCGUAAACCAUUUGUGGUUGGAAGACAGCUACGCGGCAUGGAAGCUGCGGCCGGUCUCUGAUCCCCGCUACAACCACUUUCCGCCUCGGACGAACCUGGGCGAUGUUGCUGGCCAGAAGAUGCUGGAUCAUGACGUCCUCGAGCAAAACUUCUUCUCCCCUGAAGACAUGGAGCCUCCAAGCCCUCCCUGUGCCAUGCGAGUGAAAGACCAAAACACAGCUUCAAUGCAGCCUCCCGCCGAGAAGCCCCCCAAGGAGAGCGACAAGGUCUGUGAAACCGCUCACGGCACCCCCCAACCGAAAGGGAAGACCUCCCGCCAACCGUCCGAUCACAAGAAGGCGCAAACCCCUGUGCGGUCCCGCCUGAUUCCCGAUGACAAGGAAAAUGAGACACCCUCCUCGACUAGCAGCCGCAAGUCUAAGGAUGCAGCAGCCGCACGGCUCCAUGAAAUCGCCCCAGACAUCGCUCUAUACGAAAAGGAGAUGAAGCGCGUUGGGGGUGUCAUCUACGGGGGACGACGAAAGUCUGACGAGGACCGUGUUCCUGAGAACCCCAAAAAGCGCCGUUCAGCCGAGCCACAGGAGGAGAGCGACAGCGAGCAAGCGACUGAUGCAAAGCGGCAGAAGAAGUCUCGACCGCCAAUUUCGAUGCACUUGCUGAUUACUGGCUACCAAAAGUGGGUUGGAAAGGGGAAUGAGAAGAAAGAGGAUGCAGACAAGCGCCAUCUCCGAGAUCUCGGCAUUAUGGUGGUCCAAGAUGCCCGCCGAUGCACCCACCUGGCUGCGCCUUCCAUUCUGCGUACCACCAAGUUCGUUAAUGCAUUGGCCUAUGCGCCAGUGAUUAUGAGCACCGAUUUUGUCGCCAACUGCCUAAAGAAGGAUGAGUUGCUCAACCCCAAGGACUUCCCGCUGGUGGACAAGGCCGCGGAGUCGAAGUUCCACUUUUCUCUCGCCAAGUCCUCAGAGAGGGCGAAGAAAAACAAGAACAGGCUUUUGCGCGGCUUCCGCAUCUACUGCGUGGAAGAUAUUCGCGGCGGCUUCGACGCGUUCAAGUCGAUUGUAGAGGCCAAUGGCGGAGAGUGUAUGCUUUUCCGGGGCCGCCUUGGCCUGGCUAACAAUUCUCGACGCGAAGAGAGCGACGACGACGAUGACAUGCAAGAUUACGAGGGCGGGCGCCACGAGGCCUUCCUUCUCAGCAGUGCUGAGCGCAAGCAUGCCCGACUCUGGCCUCGGUUCUGCCAGGUAGCUGGCGACAUUAAGCGGACCCCCCGCAUUGUGCGCGUCGACUGGCUGCUCGACAUGGCCAUGUCGCAGGAGCUGCGAUCGGCGGAUGAGUACGAGCUGAAUGAGGGCAUGAUCGAGGAUGCGGACGAGUAG